ACCCUCCAAUCAAAACCCCCACUUUUCUUUAUUCCAAGUCCAACUCAUUCUUGGUUUGCUCUGCAGUUUCUCUUUUUCUACUUUCACAGUUUCUUUCUUCAACUGGGGUCACUGCUCUUAGUCGUCGGACUUUACCCAAUUCCGGUCACCAGUCAUCUACACUGGUCAAUCAGCUUUUCUUGUUCGGUUGUAAGACAACUUUCGGUAUUUUUGGCAUGCAAGAUGUUCUCAUUGCUUGAAUAUCAGAAGACGCCAAAGAAUGGUUCAUAAAGCUGAUCUUGUUAUCAUCGGCAUCUCUGUUGGUGUAGCCCUUGGAAUUCUGAUAGCUGCGCUCCUAUUUUUCGGAAUAAGGUGGUACCAAAAGCGUGCCAAUCUUCAACGAUGCGCAAAUGAGCGUAGUUUAGCAACUCUUCCUAUUCGCACAAAUGGUUUAGGCACAAGCAUUGACCUUAGUGUAUCUGUCUCAACUACCAUACCUAUUCAAGGAUCUGAGAAGGUUCAAAAGAUUUCUCCACUCUCCUGGUGGAAUAAUCACAGCAAAGAUCGAUUUCCUUCUGCAUCAGGCGUACUUAGAUACUCCUACAAGGAUGUACAGAAAGCUACGCAGAAUUUUACAACCAUUUUGGGACAGGGGGCUUUUGGUCCAGUCUAUAAAGCAACGAUGCCUACUGGAGAGGUAGUAGCAGUGAAGGUGCUUGCUUCAAAUUCCAAGCAGGGAGAGAAAGAGUUCCAAACAGAGGUAUCUCUGUUAGGAAGACUGCAUCAUCGAAAUCUGGUGAACCUUGUAGGUUACUGUGUAGAUAAAGGACAGUGUAUGUUAAUCUACGAGUUCAUGAGUAAUGGCAGCUUAUCAAACCUUCUGUAUAGUGAAGAACAACAGGUUUUGAGCUGGGAUGAAAGGCUGCAAAUUGCUCUUGAUAUUUCACAUGGAAUGGAGUACCUUCAUGAAGGGGCAGUGCCACCAGUCAUACAUCGUGAUUUAAAGUCUGCUAAUAUUUUGUUAGAUCAGUUGAUGAGAGCUAAGGUUGCUGAUUUUGGACUGUCUAAAGAAGAGGUGUUCGAUGGUCGAAACUCUGGCCUCAAAGGUACUUACGGCUACAUAGAUCCGGAAUAUAUAUCUUCGAACAAGUUCACAAUGAAGAGUGACAUAUACAGUUUUGGCAUCAUCAUCUUUGAACUCAUAACAGCCAUCCACCCUCACCAAAACCUAAUGGAAUACGUUAAUCUUGCUUCUAUGGCUCCAGAUGGUGUGGAUGAAAUCCUUGAUAGCAAACUAGCCGGGGAAUGCAACCUUGAUGAAGCGAGGAGGCUGGCCAAAAUUGCUCACAAAUGCUUACUGAAACUACCAAGAAAGCGGCCUUCUAUUGGAGAGGUUUCACAAGCUAUAUUGAAGAUUAAACAGUUGCGGCUUGAUAGAAGGGAUACCAUGUCUUUUGCUGGAGAAGAAUUUUCACGGGCAGUAAGCAGAAUAGAGGUUCAACAGGUGGAGCUGGUUAGGAUGGCCAGCAUGAAAGAUCAACCGUGAUGGAUCAGAAAAAUUUUGGGGUUGCAUCUCUUCAGUUCAAGCUUCGCCUUGGAAAUUUCUUUUUCAUGGCAUAUAAUAUACGAGAUACAGGUCAGAAAAUCCAUCGAGCUAUAAGCAUUAGCUGGUUUUAUUGGUCAGUACCAGUGUUCCUUUUUGGCCAAGUGGGUGGGUUAUAUGGGUUUCUAACAAUAUGACCGCCAUAAGUUAGAUUGGAAUUACAAGUUUACAACCAAGAAACACCAGCUUACUGCUAAUGCCUAAUAGAAUGGAAAAUGAAGAGACCAUCUGACUCGCUAUGAUAUGGUUUUAGUUGUU